AUGGUGGAUGCUUCUGGGGAGAUUUUCAGACAACCAGAACUCAACCACGAAAGCCUAAAGGUGACUUUCACUGAGUCAGCAUAUUCUCCAAAUCCCUCAGCCAGGAUUAGUUGCCUUGCUCCAACACCUCAAAUCUCUGUUCUCCCAGAUGAAUACUCAAGGCCAGCAGUGAUUGGACAUGCCGGAAGUUUUGGAUCCUACCCAGACAGUACUGAAGCUAUCAAAGACAUUCUCGUGUCUGUUUUAAAUGCGUCUGGUUUGAAGCCCUCUCUGGUGCCAGGGCAGACCACGAUGCAAAGAGUUGAACAUCCGGACAGCGACGUGGAGCGGUGGGAAGAAAGCAGUGACGAGGAGAGCUGUGAUGACAGCGACAGUGACUCCGCACAUCGCAAUGCAGCCUGUACACAAACAGACAUUCGGUUCACAAGGCAUCGGGCGUGUUGGGACAACACGCUCUGUGAUGCCUCUAAACCAUCGCUGGAUACUUUCUUUCGUCCCCGCUAUGCUGAUGGGGAUCCUGCUGCUUCCCCCUUGAAUGGUUUUGCCCUUUCAGAUGUGUCCCCUCCGAAGCAGGACUGUUUUACCCAGGUGACAUUAACAGGAGGUGUUGUCACAUCGGCUGUUGUGCGAAAGGAACGUUAUACCUCCCCUGAACGAGAUUUAACUUUCACAAGAUUUCCUCCUGAUUCAACUGUUGGUAAGCCAGCAGAUCUGUUGAAAUACCCCGAUGCUUUGGAGCCUACACCCAUCAGCAACAGUGACAGCAAUUCUCCGGGUGGACUUUCCCAGUCAGAUCCAGCCAAUCGAACAGGUUCUACUUCUCCUUUGAACAUAAGUGCUAUACCCUUGAAUCGUUCAUUGCAAGAUAUUUGCAUGCUUCCAGAAGAUGUGGAGAAGGAAAACGCACACUUUUUAGUUGCGGAUAUGAUUAUAGCAUCGCUAGAAAAAAUGAAAUGUAAUAUCCUGAGCCAACAAGCAGAGUCCUGGGGUGUGGAAGAAACAAGUGGAUCAGAUGGCAGCUAUAACACUGAUUUAGAAUUCUCUUCUUACCCUGGGGUGAAAAAGUCUGAUUCUUCUGUUGCCUCUUCGGACAGUGGUUAUGAAGGCUGUGCUCUGUUGCCUGUCAGCUCCCUGGUGCAUCUACCAUCACAUCAUGAAGUUACCAGAUUUCACUGCCACAGUGACUCAGAGGAUGAAUAUGUAAUUAUUGAACUUGAAGACCUUGAAAAUCUGUCUGUCUCCCCAGAUGAAAGAUCGCCUUUUGAACAAGGCAGCAAUUCUGCUGAAGCAACAGCCCAGGAGUUGUGCAGAGCUUUCAGAAAACGCUGGUUGCAGACAGAUUCUGCAGUCCAACUGUCUGGUUGCCUGAGCUCAUCUAAGCAGAGAUCUGUGCUGAAAGAAGAGAUUCCAAGAGAGCUUGAGUCCAGUUUGAAUCUGGCUGAAGAAAUAAAGAUCAUAUCCAAAUUAAGAGGAUCUUCUGGCUGGACCCCACCAAGAUCGCAGAUUAUUUUUAACAUUCACCCUUCAGCCAAGAGAGACGCAGUGGUGGCUGCCCAGAACUUCACGUGCGUUGGUUGUGGAACCCCGAUAGAAAGCAAAUAUAUCAGGAGGCUCCGCUAUUGUGACUACCUGGGGAAAUACUUCUGUGACUGCUGCCACAGCUGUGCUCUGUCUUCCAUUCCNACUCGAAUGCUUUUGAAGUGGGACUUCAAAAAAUACUAUGUAUGCAACUUCUCCAAACACCUACUGGACAGCAUAUGGCAGCACCCAAUUUUCAAUGUGUCAUGUAUUAACAAAGCCCUCUACACAAAAAGUAAAGAAUUGGACAGGGUCAGGGAAGUGCAAGAACAACUUUUUUAUUUAAAAAAGCUUUUGAAAACCUGCAGGUUUGGUGAAAGUGUACUGAAAGAAUUUGAACAGGUCCCCAGCCAUUUGACAGAGGAGCUGCAUCUCUUCUCACUGGAUGAUCUGGUGAAGAUCAAACGAGGGCAGUUACUGCCCCUUCUUAAAGACAUUCUGAAGAGCUCCACCUCCCAUGUGGAUGGUUGUGAGCUCUGUCAGGCUAAGGGUUUCAUCUGUGAAUUCUGUCAGAGUGCAGAUCUGCUCUUUCCAUACCAGACUGCUAAAUGCAAAAGAUGCACAGAGUGCAAAACAUGCUUUCACAAAGCAUGCUUCAAGUCUGGAGGCUGCCCCAAAUGCCUGCGGAUUGCAGCUAGGAGGACACCUUCAGAAACUCCAUCGGUGGUGCCGUCGUGA